AUGAAAAAUCUUAAGGCAUUUCUGGACAAUCUGAAAGAUGACAAAGAUGAUGACCCUGUGCUCUCUGACUCACCUCAGGAGAAGGAUCUCCAGCCGUCCAGCAGUGCCUCUUCCCAGGUCAGUCAUCAAGAACCUGAAGCUUGUCAGGACUUGCCCAAGUGUAAGCCACCAGGAAAUGGGGACAUCGACCAGGUCCUUGAGGACGAUGAGAUUGUUGAGAUGGAAAGCCAGGCAACCUCUUCAGUCUCAGCAGAGCAGUUGAAGGGGGACACACCUUCAGAAGAGGAAACCACGUGUUGCCUGAAAUUCGGGUCCAUCUUCCAGUGGCUCAGGAAGCGAGUGGCCUCCUCCCUACCAAGGAGGAAGCGCCCUGGAAGGGUCGACAAGGGCACCAUUCUGCUGGCACUAAAGAGAAGAUAUUAAUUUGGAGGCAAUAAAGUCCGACCUCAA